UGCGACCCAUUUUGAGCAAUCUAUAUAACUAUAUUUUAUUGGCCCUGUCAAAAGUGUCAAAGUCAAUUUGACGUUUCAAUUUAUAAAAAUGGAAGAAAACAAGAAAAUUAAUUUUAUUUUUGUUGAUUUUUGCUUUAAUUGAUAUUUUCACUGAUUCACUGUAUAGAGUUAUAAAUAAUUAUGAGUACUUACGAGAUAAGUAAAUCAUCGUUGUUAAGUCUAAAAGCUGAAAUAUUAAGAAAACAACAAGAGUUAUCCAAAGCGAAACUUGAAAAUGAAGUAAAGAAAAAAGUUUUAAAAAACAAUCCAUUAGAUAUUAAAAAUAAAGGUAUCGAACUAAGAGAAAAGAAUGAUCAGACAGACGAACAUGAAGACUUGUUAAAACAGUCCAGAUCAGUUUUAGAACGUAAAGCUCGCUUGUAUGAUAAAUUGUCAUCAGGAAAACAAUCUGCAGAAAAUGAAGAAAUAAGUAAAAAUUAUCUUGUAAGAUUUGAUAAGAAAAGGCCACCUAUUGAGGAUUUGGCCCCAGACCACACUGAGUCUCAUAAAAACUCUUCAGAAAGUGAUGACAAUUACUAUGAAAGUGAUGGAGAAAAUGAUAAGGAUCCUAGUCAAAAAUGGGUUGACUAUGUAGAUUGUUUUGGAAGAACCAAAAUGUGUAUGCAAAAAGAUUUGGAGUUCUUAAAGUCAAAAGAUAAGGAACUAGGUGGAACUAUUGAAGAAAAGGAACAAAAUCCGAACUUAGAAGCUAGCUAUAAAGAUGAUGACUUUGGGCUCAAAGAAAAAACAGAACCAACAAAAUCUACUGCUUCUCCAAAUGAAGAAUCUGAAUUAUUGUCUAGUGAUAUGAGAAGAGAACUUUUAAGACAGCAAUGGGAACGCGAAGAAGAAGAAUUGUGUAAUAAAACAGACAUUCAUUAUCAGGAUAUAUUAUUUGGAGAGGCUAGAUCUCAUGGUGUGGGUUACUAUGGUUUUUCAAAAGAUGAAGAAGAAAGAAGUAAACAACAAGAAGCUUUAAGAAAAUUGCGUGAAGAAACUAAAUUAAAGCAGAAAAAGGCACAAGAACUGAGAAACUCCAGAGAAAAACUUUUAGCUGCUCGAUUAAAAGCAGCAAGAAAUAGAAAAAGAGCUAGAAUGGGGUUACCACCAGAAGAAGAUGAACCAACUCCUUCCUUACCAAUACCAGAAGAAAAAGAGAUAGAAGUAGAAGAAGUCAGUGAUAAGGAUCGUCUGUUGUUGGAGGCAAGAAAAAACCAUAUUAGACCAUGGGAUAUAGGCAAAGAAGGAGUUAAGGAACAUCAGAUAAUGACUCAAGAAGAAUGGGUAGAACAAAAGAGGGCUGACAGGCAAAAAGAGUUCGCUCCACCCACCAAUUACAGGAAAGAUUUUCGAGCAAACAUAAAACAAACUGAUAGAGAAGAUACUGAAGUCGAUAAAACUUUGACAUUUACAACUAAAAAGGCAUCCAAUUCUAGAUGGAAAUUUGAAAGGAACACAAUAAAUGAUGAAUUCAAUUAUAGCAAAUCAUCAACAUAUUUUGAAGAAAUUCAUCAAAGUCCAAAUAUUCAGCAAACCCCUAUAAAAGACUUAGAUACUGGCUUAGAUUUUGAUGAUACCCUUCUUGAAGAAUAUAAUAAAAUAAUAGGCAAUUCAAAUAAAAUUGGGGUGGAAAUUGCACCUCCUCCUACAUAUGAUUAUUAUGGUCCUAGUCAAAAUAAAAUUAGGAAACAUGAAGCGAAACAAACAAACAUUCAUGAUUCGAUAGAAGCUGGCCUUAAAUUUUUAAGAAAACAAGUUGAAGAGAAAGAAAAAUCCACAAAACACCCAGAUGAUAUAUUUUUAUUUUAAUUCCAAACAAUGUAUUGCAGCAACCUGUUUUGUUUUAUAUAAAAAAUUCAAGACAAUUAGUAGUUGUUUAUUUAAUCAUUCUACUUACAAUUUUUGAAGAGUACGUUGAUUAUAUUGUCAUUAUUGUUUUAAGGUAUAAAUUAACUACUAAAAAAUAUUUAUUGACUUCUAACAAUUACCACAUAGCUCUUUGUACACCAGAUAACUUAUUAUAAUCCGCUAAAUGUCUAAAAAUAAUUCUACUAAAUCUCCAUCGAUACACUGUUCCUCUUGGUCUAGAUGUUAUGACGCAUCUCUUUUUAGUCCUUACCAAGGCAGAAUCUCUAGGUAAGGCAGCUAUUUCUCCAUCUGCUAAUUCUCUCAAUUCUGGUGGAAGUAUGUCGUUCUUUCUAAGAGAAUUUAUUCGUAAUCUAGUUGGGGCCAAUUCAGUCGUUAACUUUCUUCUUUUUACAUCUCUGAUCAUCCAACGAUUUACCCAUUUGUUGCGGACUUGUUGAAAAUUAUGUUGUGUAUUUAAGGCCAUCAAAGGCAUCAAACCUGAUAUUUGUUUUAAUAUAUUCAUUUUUAUUAUUUUCUGUUACCUAACCUUACUUUUUACUACUGAU